UCCCGGCCACCCGCCCCAGCUUCAGGGAGAGCACAGCCCACAGGAGGAAUUCGGGGGCUUUGGAAAGGGUGCAGAGAGGUGGGACAAAAUCGGGUCGUUUCCUCCAACGACGGCUGGGGAGAAAACUCAUAGGUGCUACUCAGGGCAGUACUUGAUGCCUGCUACAUCGGCCGGUCCCAUCCAGCGCGAGGUCUGUAGCUCUGCACUGUUGAGGCCCAAGGGCCUCCUGACGUUGCAGCCCGCUGCAGGUCUGCCAGCAGAGGUGACCGGCCGCCUCAGCGCCUGGUUCUUCCCGUGGAGUCAGCAACAGGUGCGGAUGAAGAAAAGGGGGACUGAGUACCAGCCGAAGACCAUCAAGCGGCUACGGACGCACGGCUGGCUGAAGCGGAUCAGCACUCGCGGUGGCAUCGAGGUCAUCCUGCGCAGGAUGCUGAAGGGGAGGAAAUCACUGACGCACUGAUGGUGAUGGACAAGCUGUCUCUGCUCUCUGACCACAGCGGCACAUACUGUAAUAAAGACAGCGGCUAAAGUGCUGCCCCGUUGUUCAAGAUU